AGAUGUCAGCUCUUGAUCCGAACUAUGAGUAUGUGUUCUUGCACGGUUUUGCGAGCAGCAAUCAAACGUACAAGGGGACAUAUCUGCGAGACAAGUACAAAGAGGUGUACAACAUCGACAUGCAUGUACCAGAUCUAAAUUGCGGUCCCGACUUCAGCACACUGACAUUCACCGGUGCCAUCAAGACACUGCACGAGUUAGAUGAGACAGUCAUAAAAGAAAAAGGCUCUAAUUUCAAGUGGCGUAUAUUUGGAUCUUCGUUGGGUGGGUACCUCGCCGCGCGCUUCGCAGAGCUAUACCCAGAUCGUGUGGACAGGUGUCUACUGAUAUGCCCCGCAUUUGACAUGGGGUCGUGGAUGCCUGGGAUUUUGCCUGAAAAGGAAGAGAGUUUAAAGAAAUGGGAAGCUAAAAGUUCUCAACCUUUCCCGAAAUUCGGUACUGACAAGGUCACCGAAGUGCCCUGGAAUUUCAUUGUUGAUUCUAGAACCCAUCCGGCGUUCCCUAAGUGGUCACAAAAGACGGUGAUCAUCCAUGGCCUUGAAGAUGUGGUUGUACCCAUCACAAUAUCGCAAAAGGUGGCAAACAAGGCUGUCAACACGAAGGACAUGUACGUACAGCUGAUCGAGGUGCAUGAUAGUCACGCCAUGUGUAAGCCGGAGACACUCUUGGCGAUACAGUCAUUAGCAGCGGAGCUGUUCGAAUUGAAGGAGAACAGAAUAUGAUCCGAAAUAAAUUGGAAGCGAUGCAAGGCCCGAGAAUAAAAAUAUUCGAGAUCACGGUCCAUGCCACGUUCACGAUAUACAUCAUA